GCUUAAGUGAGCGAGAAUAAUGUUAUCCUUGGGCGUGAAUUCACCAAUCCCAAACACUCUCGUUCCUCUCAAACUCAACCCUUCGCGCCCCCAAACACGCCUCUUCUCGUCAGUUUCUCUUCGCAAACUUCAAGUUAAAGCGAGCUCCGCGGAAGUAGCUUUCAAAGAAGAAGAGAAAUAUUCAAAUGAAGGAGUUUCCCCCACCCGAGGCUUGUCGGAGGAGCUCCCGCCAGGGCUGAGUCGAGAGGCGAUGCCGAAACACGUGGCGGUGAUAAUGGAUGGAAAUGCGCGGUGGGCCCGGCAGCGGGGGCUGCCUUCCUCGGAGGGACACCAGGCCGGUGUUCAGUCGUUGAGAGAGCUGAUUGAGCUUUGUUGUAAAUGGGGGAUUAAAGUUUUAACCGUCUUCGCAUUUUCUUAUGAUAAUUGGGUCCGGCCAAAGGUGGAGGUUGAUUUCUUGAUGAGUCUGUUUGAAAGAACAAUAAAAUCAGAAAUCGAUGGUUUCAUAAGGGAAGGCAUUCGAAUAUCUGUCAUCGGAGAUUCAUCAAAACUCCCCACGAAUCUCCAGAAACUCAUACGUGAUGCAGACGAGGCCACAAAAGAAAACUCAAACUUCCAACUCAUUGUGGCAGUAAGCUACAGUGGGAAAUAUGACAUUAUCCAAGCCUGCAAAGGUAUUGCUCAGAAAGUAAAGGAGGGUGUAGUUGAACUGGACGAUAUUGAUGAAACCCUAGUCGAGCAAGAGCUGGAAACUAACUGUACCGACCAUCCAUACCCAGACUUGUUAAUCAGAACCAGUGGUGAACUCAGAGUCAGUAACUUCUUACUGUGGCAAUUGGCAUACACAGAAUUCUUCUUUGUACAAUCACUAUGGCCAGAUUUUGGAAAAGAUGAGUUUGUAGAUGCCUUAACUGCUUUCCAGAAAAGACAGAGGCGCUAUGGUGGAAGAGACUCCUGAACCAGUAAAUCUCCAUUUCUUUAGUAAAAACUAUACUCUCUAUAUAGACUACAACAAUGGGCGGUAGAUCAAAUUCAAGCCGCUGGGGUGUAUAUAAUCAUAGUCAAAACAUGGUCUUACUUCACGGUAAUUCCGUAAGAAUUUAUUUGUGAACGAUUAUAAAUUAAUGAAUAUCAAAUGGUCCUCCUUUUAUUUAUCACAAAUAUUUGGUUUUUUUUUUUUUUUUUUUUUUUUACGAGAUGUCCGAGCUAGUUUGUACUUUGUACGCAACUUAACUAAUCUUCCGAAGCUUUGAAGUUGAAGAUCA